UAAGCAGGCGAUCCCGUAAUGUCAUGGUUAUAAUAUCUUCACCACAAAGGCAAUUGGCAAGGAGCUGAACUAUAGAGCAGCAGCGAAGGAAGCUCUUUAGUACAAAUAUAGCAGCUCUAAGAUAAGUUGAUCAGCUAGUCUACCGCCAAUAUGUGGAACCAAGUCGUUCUCGCGGCUCUCAUCCCGGCUAUGAUGGCCAAGCCCAUCGCGCCACGAGGAGAAAUGACUGGCGUGCAAGAGUCUCAUGAUUCCCCGGUCUUUGAUUCUGCCGUACUUCGCAAUAACACAUUGAUGGCAAUCGCCAAGGCUAUGGAAGUCGAGAACUCUGAUUCGGCUGAGGAGGGGACAUCACAGAACAGCCAAAUGACCCAAGUCGAGCGUCGACAGAUUAGCCCCAGUCAGUUGUCCGACCUUUCGAACCAUGCCGCCUCUACCAUCUUCAAUGGGGCUUCCGCAGGCGUCAUGUCGUGGGCAACUAGCGUUGGCAAUGCUAUGUCCACCGGCCACCCUCUUGUGCCCCGCGCUGGGAAAGGGAGAAAAGCGAAAGCGACUUCAACCCCUACCCCUACUCCUACUCCUUCGGCUUCUGGUACUGCUACAGCUUCGAAUUCUGCCCACCCCACUGCAUCUAACAACUGUAACUGCAUCAGUGCCUGCGCCGACGAGGAUGGAAAGGCUACUCAGAUGCAGUGCAUGAAGAAAUGUUCAGCAGACUGCGAUGGCGACGAUGACAAGAAGAAGGAUAGCGAUAUUCUUGGCGGUCUUGGAAAGUCUCUCUUAGGAAGCCUCGGUGGGAGGAGUAUCCCGGCGCCACCUCCCAUGCCUCCCCAUCGCAAGUUCACCCACCCACGUCCAGCCAAGACCGUACAUGAAGCUGCCGGUGCCGAGUUCGAGGACUUUGACGCUUGCAUGAACAGCUGCAAGACUCACAACUGCAAGCACUCUGAGGUCGGACUCGCCAUUUCGCAGUGCGGCGAUACCUCAUGUGAAGACGCAUGCGCCAAGUUCAAGUCGUCCAAGUCUAGGUACAGCAAGAGCAUUCAGAAGAAGCAUAUUCGCCCUGUUGCCGACCGCGUGAAGGCCGAUACACCACUUCCUAAGCCGAAGAAGCCUGUAGCAGCCGCCACGCACAAUGAGGCCUUCGAGAACUGCAUGAAGAAAUGCCAGAGCCAUAACUGUCAACACUCCGAAGUUGGAAUCUCUAUUUCUCAGUGUGGUGAUACCUCGUGUAUGGAGUCGUGCGCCAAGUACAAGGAAGGACAGGCUAUGAUCAUCACCAGGCAAGCCAGACAGCCUGGAAAGACUGGCGACGUACCCGACGUGGCUGACGUGCCUGAUGUCCCCACUGUCGCUACAGUUCCUGAAGUACCUCCUACACCCGAGGUCGCCGAGGUCCCUGUCGUCGCCGCCGUCCCUGAAGUUCCCGAAGUCAAAGGGGGACCCAUCAAGGCUGCUACCCCUGCCUCUGCCCCUGUUCCCGCUCCCGCUACCCACGGCGCACCCAAGCACCACGGUCUCGCCCCCGGCCACGAAUCCGUACCCGUCAAAGGCGUAGCCCAAGAAGGCGAGUACGAGGCCUGCCUCAAGGAAUGCAAAACGCACAAUUGCCAAAAAUCCGGCGUCGGCCUCGACAUCGAGCAAUGCGGCGACACCUCCUGCGUCGACGCCUGCGCGUCUCUCAAAGAGUCCGCCCACGCCGGCGUCAGCGCGCACAAAGUCAAAGUCCCCUCCGCGCCCGGCCGUUUAGCAGACCACCCCGGGCCUGACCCCCCGGUCGUCAAGACGGUGCCUGAGGCCGGCGCGCACGAGAGCAAGGAGUUCCAGGACUGCGUCAAGCAGUGCAAGACGCAUAACUGCCAGAAGGCUGAUAUCGGGCUCGAGGUCUCGCAGUGUGGGGACACGUCGUGUUCGGAGUCGUGUGCCCAUCUCAAGGAGGGUAAGGCGGCGCAUAUUGCUGGUGCGCCGAGGGCUAUGGAUACCGCUGCAGCAGAGAUGACGACUGUGGCGGCGCCUGGUUUAACACCUAUGUCGGUUUCUGCUUAGGUUUAGGGGUAUUGGUAGAGUUUUACUUCUUUUGUAUUUGGUCUAUUACUACCGUUGCCAAUUUGCUCUUUUUUGGGAAAAGAACCGAAAAUUAACAUGGAAGGGAGCAUUGGUCGCCGGAAAUGCUUUGUAUAAUAGCAGGGCAUAAUGGGGCCUAAAUCUUCAGUGUGUUCUUAUGACUGGAAGACUCCACUAUCUCAGGUUACGAACUGCUGCGAAAUUUCCUAUUCU